AUGCAUAUGUCAGAACAGAAGUCCCAUCAACGAGAUUUGCGUGUAGAGCAAUACAGGGGACUGCUAGAUGCUGUCACUGCGAAAGCACAACACCAUAACCUCCGCCCUGGACAAUUGAUCAUUCUUCCCUCUACCUUUCAAGGCAGUCCAAGGUAUAUGCAACAGAACUACCAAGACACGAUGGCAAUUGUCCGCAAACGUGGAAAGCCUGACUUAUUCCUAUCUUUCACCUGCAAUCCUGCUUGGCCGGAAAUCUCUAACGCCAUUUCCCAUCAUGAGCAAAUAGAACACAGACCUGACAUCGUUGCUCGUGUCUUUCAUAUCAAACUCCAAGAUUUCCUAACAGAUAUUCUGGAAAAGAAUAUUUUCGGGAAUGUUCUCGCUUAUAUUUUCAUUGAAUUCCAAAAACGAGGAUUGCCUCAUUGCCAUAUGUUACUUACACUUGACUCACAAUCCAAAAUAGGGACCAAGGAUGAUAUAGACAAAUUUGUCUGCGCUGAGCUUCCAAAUCCCAAAAUACACCCUCGACUUUUCCAAAUUGUCACUAAAUGCAUGGUACAUCGUCUGUGUAUAACGCUCAACGCCAACUCACCUUGCAUGAAAGACGGCACGUGUACCAAAAAUUUCCCAAAAGACUUCAACGCCGAUACUCAAGAAAACACACAAGGAUACCCCAUAUACCGCCGAAGACAAGGGAGAACUACCAGUGUUGGAAAAUAUGAUAUCGACAACCGUUGGAUAGUUCCUUACAAUCCCUGGCUUUCUCAGAAAUUCAAUGCUCAUAUUAACGUUGAAGUUUGUGCGUCCAUUCAAUGUAUCAAGUAUCUAUAUAAGUAUGUGUACAAAGGACACGACGCUGCAUCCAUUGCACUUCACAGUGAGCCGGCCAAUGGUGUUUUCCAACAUGAUGAAAUACAGACUUUCCUUGACGGUAGAUAUGUUAGUGCUCUUGAGGCUAUGUGGCGUUUGAACGAGUACAAUCUUUCAGAAAAGUCUCACGUGGUUAUACAAUUACCAGUUCAUUUGCCAGAACAACAAAUCAUCUUCUUUCAUGAGGGUCACGAGGAACAAGUGCUACAAAGACAAGCCAACAAAAACACUAUGCUGUUAGCAUGGUUUGAACUCAACAAAACAGAUCCUGAAGCUGUGGAGUUACAUUACACUGAUGUUCCACAACAUUACACAUUCCAAAAGUCAUCUGGAAAAUGGAAAAAAAGAAUCAGAGGAGGAACAAAAGUGAUCGGUAGAAUGCCUGUUGUUGCCAUUAAUGACACUGAACGUUAUGACCUAAGACUUCUCCUUACCCGCUCUGUAGGCAUCACAAGUUUCCAACAUCUACGAACGGUCAACGGCGUUGAAUGUGACACUUUCAAAGAAGCUUGCCAACAAUUGGGUCUUCUUAAAGAUGACAAGAUAUGGCAUGAUACUCUUACAGAGGCCUCCCAGAUACGAAUGCCACGAUUCUUGAGAGAACUUUUCGUUUUCAUCUGUGCCUUCAGUGAAACACACAACAUUCCAAGCCUUUGGGACACGCUUAAACUCUCCCUUUCUGAGGACUUCCUCACAAAAUAUUCCACAAGCAACGCUUGCAUCAUGCAAGCUAUAUUGAGCGUCACCAACGAAGACUCGCUAUACCUUAAUGAAGAAGUGCUGAAACUUAUCCCUACCGAGGAGGUGACUUUCACGAGCGUGGACUCCAUCAUCAUAGACGAUUCGGCAGAUCAACUUUCAUUCCCAGAAGAAUUACUUAAUAGUCUUACACUCACUGGCAUGCUUCCCCAUAAACUCAAAAUUAAAAUUGGUUCAGUCAUCAUGCUUCUCAGAAACCUCCAGCCUGCAAAAGGUCUCUGUAAUGGCACUAGACUGUCUGUUACCACCAUUCACCAGAAUGUACUGGAGUGUAAGACUAUCGCAGCUGCUACCUCACAAACUGUCCUUAUUCCCUGGAUAUCCCUGACCCCAUCAGAUUCAAAUUUGCCUUUUACUUUUACACGCAGACAAUUUCCAGUAAGAUUGGCCUUUGCAAUGACAAUUAAUAAGGCACAAGGCCAAACUUUCAAAAAGAUAUGCCUGUAUCUGCCAAAACCAGUUUUCAGUCAUGGACAAUUAUAUGUUGCUCUCUCCAGAGUUCCAUCUUUUCAAUCACUUACAAUUGUAACCUCAAACCCACCCCAUUUGGGUAACUGUGUCUUUCUGGAAGUGUUCAGCCAUCAAUAAAUAAUUAUGCGG